AUGCCUUUAACUGCAGGCUUAUCUUAUUCAAGGAAUAAACCAGACCAGCCAGUAAAAACUAAGAGGGACAGGGUUCUUGAUCAAGGAGAAGACCCGUUCAAGCAUAACGCCUGGGAUAACGUACCACGUCCUGACAAUGAAUGGGAGCUCGUUCAACCUCAUAUACUCUUCCAUAGAGAACAUAAAGCACCAGAAGGGAAGGUAGAGAGAAUCAACAGCAAUCCAUCAAACUACUGGAACGAGUUUUAUAAAACACACGAAAGCAGCUUCUUUAAGGAUAGACAGUGGCUUGGUUUGGAGUUCCCAGACUUGAUGACACUCGUUGGUGACAAAGAAGCUACACGGGAUUAUAGAUUAUUAGAAGUCGGUUGCGGUGCCGGAAAUGCUUUGUUCCCGCUCGUAGAAUCUAACAGCAACCCUCGAUUGCAUUUACAUGGAUCUGAUUACUCUGAACAAGCAGUCGAAGUCGUGAAGAAUAACGCAAUGUAUAGUAAUCCGCCUUGUGGUAAAGUCUCAGCUUCAGUUUGGGAUCUCAGCGAUCCGUCAGCUGAGAAUUUACCAGUUGAAGAGAACUCCUGUGACUAUAUACUCAUGAUAUUCGUCAUGUCAGCAUUACACCCUGAUCAAUUCUCAACUGCAAUUAACAAUGUUUACAAGCUACUCAAACCGGGCGGUAAAAUUUUGUUCAGAGAUUACGGUAGAUACGAUUUAGCGCAGAUUCGUAUGAAGAAGGAAAGAUUAUUACAAGAGAACUUCUACUGUCGUGGAGAUGGAACUAGAGUUUACUUCUUUGAGUUAGACGAGUUGAAUAGACUUUUCAAUGACCACGGUUUCACGACAGAGAAAUCAGAAUCAGAUAGACGGUUACUUAUUAAUAGAAAGGAAGAGAAAAAGAUGUAUCAUAAGUAA